GGAGUUUCGUUUUCUUUUUCCCCAGAAAGCUGGUCAGGUCAGGCUGACUAGGCUUGUUUCUGGAGUGUGAACAGCAAACACCCACCCAGCUGACGCGUCCCCUCACAGCUGUGGGAGCACCACAUCCAGCCAAGCAAGGACACCCAGCCUCCUCCCAGCCUGUCCUCUCCAAGCCACCUUGCCGACGCCUGCCACGGUUCCCACGUCUCCAGGCCCCCAGCCUCUACAGCCAGGAUGUCCCAGGCCCCUGGGGACCCUGAUGAAACAGACGCACCAGCCUGAAGACUCAGCCCGCCAGCCCUAUGGGCUCGGCCCUCACUCUGAUCUCCGACCCCACGACCCCUUUGGGGUUCCUUUGGGGUCAGACCUCGAGCAGAGGAUCCUGCAGGUGCUGAGGGAUGCUGGCUCCCCCGUGAGGUCUGUCCAGUUGGCAAAGGAAUGCCAAGUGCCCAAGAAGAAACUCAACCAAGUCCUCUACCGGAUGAGGAAGGAGUCCAAAGUCUUCCUGGAAGGCCUGGCGACGUGGGGCCUGGGCCAGGGUGGGACCAGAGAAGUGGAGCCCGCAGAGCCGGUCUGGCCCAGCCAGGCAGAGUGGCUCCAGCAGGACGUGGCUGCAGUUCCAGAGGAACCUGGCCGUCAGCUCACUAAACAGCAGGAAGACAUCUACAGGAUUCUGGAAACCCAGGGGCCCUGUAAGGCCCUGACCAUCUCCCAGAUGCUGGGAAAGAAGACAGCGAAAGAAGUCAACCCAGACUUGUACGCCAUGAGGAGGAAGCACCUUCUGGACUUGGAUGAGAAGUCAAGUACAUGGGCAGUUUAUCGGCCAGACUUGGGAGGAAGGAAUCCGGCCCCUGCAAUAAUUUACCAGAAAAAUCCAAUCAACAUGAUCUGUCAGAAUGGACCCAAUAACCACAUUUCCAUUGGCAACUCUGAAAACAUCCAGAUUGGACAUGGGAAUGUCAUCGUGAGACCGACGGCCUCUGGGGAGAAUGGCUCCAUGGCUCCCCUCCACCUCCCCCCAGUGGCACCAGCUGACCCCUCAUCUCAGACCUCUCCGGCUGCAGCCUGGGGACCCCAGGACAUCCGCUUGGAGAAGUCUGUGCUCAGGCGGGUACAGGUGGGACACGGCAACAAGAUGAAUCUCAACGGUGCCCCGGCCAAGGGCCCUGCAGCCUGCAGCCCCCCAAUCAGCCCCCCAGUCUCUGCCACCACGGAUGGCCCAGAAGCUUUGUUCAAAAUUCGAAUGCCCAAACCAGGACCUUCUGCUGAGGAGGAGGUGGCCCAGAGAGUCUGUAUCAGUUCAUGCUUCCUUGAGGACACCGCCAUCGGCAACAGCAACAGAAUGACUGUCAGCUCAGAGACAGCUGGUCCAGAAGGAGUUGUAAGGCCUGAGGACAGCAGGAGGUACCCUGGGGAGCCAGGCAAGGAUGCAGGUGCAGAGCCUAGAAGCCAGUUUCCUCAUGACCGUGACCAGGCUCCCCCCGGCAACAGCGACGUCUUGACCUUCAUCUCCCACCUUGAAGCUGUGACUCUUGAAAGCAGGGAUCCCCAAACUACAGAAGACAGCAGCCAGGUGGACAGAACCCCAGACAUGGACUCCCAGGGGCAGGUGGAGACCAGAACAAACAGCCAGACUCUCUCAGGAAGAGCAGGGAGACACCAGUGAA